AUGCAAUUCAUGCCCCAGAAGGCUGUUAAAGGUCAAGCUAUGACAGAUUUCCUAGCCGAUCAUCCGGUACCAGGAUCAUCUAAGUUGUAUGAAGACUUACCUGAUGAAGUUGACGAAGCUUGCUUAGCCCAAGAAGUUAUGCAAGUGUGGAAACUAUUCUUUGAUGGUGCAUCGAGAGCAAACCCUCAUGGAGUAAUCACUACCGGAGUAGGUGUAAUAUUUAUUUCCCCAAACAGUCACGUGAUUCCAAGAGGAUUUUCCCUGAUCGAACCCUGCACCAACGAUGUAGCUAAGUAUAACACUUUACUGUUAGGGAUGAAAUUCACCGAAGAACUUAAUAUUCAACAUCUCGAAGCAUACAAUGACUCUCAACGCAUCGUAAAUCAAGUCCGGGGAGAAUAUAAUGUGCGCAAUGAGGACUUACUCCCAUACUACUUCGUAGUGCUAGAACAAGCUCGGAAGUUCAAAGGUUUCUUUAUUGGAUAUAUUCCACGAGCUCAGAAUGCUUAUGCAGACACAUUGGCCUCACUAGAAACUUCAUUAGCAUUGUCACCAGGAGCUGAAACAACAAUCCAUGUCUCAGGACGCGAGUUGUAUUACCCCAAGAUUUCCUUAGACAAACAAUCUGACAAGACGAUGAUUGGAGAAGUCUGCACAACAUCAAUGGAGUUUGAACCUAGAGAUUGGUGA